AUGAUUGGAAACACGGAGGCUGCUAAAGUCAAGCGACUACAGGGACUUUGGAGAGAACUGUAUUCGAAGACCCUUCCCACUCUAGCUCGCAACCGCGAUGCGGCGCAGCCAGAAUGGCCUGUCACUCUGGAUCAUUGUUUCGCAAGGAUUAUCCUGGACAACACCAUUGGCGAAGGGCGGGAGCAGUGGGACAAACGUCUGAACCGGCCUGCUGUCACAAACAUGACGCGUGAGCAGCUGGUCAAGGCUAUUGAAAUGGCAGAGCGCAUCAAAGAUGGCAAGGAAGAUCUUGUUGCCUUGGAUUUGCAGAGCUUGGAGGUGCGUGGGAUUCCGGACAAAAAGUAUAAAGAUGCGCUUCCAAUCUCCGAGACAAGAGAUCGAGACAAGAAAAUCCCCCCGCUUCCGGCAAUUUUCGCUCGUAACGAGAGCAUGCCGAAACGUAAGAAGGCUGAGCAGAACUCCAAGGAUGCCUCCGUUUACCGCCCCAAAAGAGCGAAGACCUCGGUCAAACAGUCUACCCUGAGCUUUGCACAAAGGCCAAACCAGUCUGACAGUAUUCCCUCGCCUCCACUAGGGAAUGAUGGCAAGGUGGGUUUAUCCCUAACACUUCAUAGGAUAAACGCCCAUUUAGGCUUGACUCCUUACCGUAAACGCCUUUACGCCGCCUUGCUUUCAGUACCUGGUGGCCGCUAUACCACUUACGCUGCCCUUGCUGACUACCUCGGUUCCUCAGCGCGGGCUGUCGGAAACGGGAUGCGUAGCAAUCCUUUUGCGCCGGACGUGCCCUGCCACCGUGUCCUUGCGAGUGACGGAAGCAUUGGUGGGUUUGGCGGCAGUUGGGGCGCGGAUGGUGAGAAUGCCAGCGAGAAACUUGAGCUACUCAGGAAGGAAGGUAUCAAGUUUAAUAGUAAUGGAAAAGUACAGGGGCCGCCCUUCAGAGACUUUGCCGACCUCCGAGCGACUGGGUGA